AUGUCGUCGCAUCAUCCCACGCCGUCGACCAGCGGCGCCGCGACGCGGCGACUCGCUCGCGCGAGCCCCAGUCCCGGCGGCGCCUCCCCUUCCGCCUCCGCGUCGCCACACGCGUUCCCGAUCUCUCCUUUCGCCGACUCCAUUCCGUGGCCGUCCGAUGACGACGCGGAAUUCAGCGCAUUCGACGGCGAGCUGUCCCCCGCCGGCGCGUUUCCCUGCGGCGGGUCUUCAGUUGAAGGACGAGCCAGCACUACCAGUAGUGGUGCUGCGGCAGCCGACGUGGCGAUUAAUGAUUGGCUGAACGAAGUAGCGGCGUCAAUGGCUCAAAUGGCACCAAUGCCAUUCGAGUUGGUGCUGGGGCGGAAGCAGCGGCAGCGGCUGAUGAGGCGGUGCACCGGUAGAAAGGGAGGUGCAAGUGGGGGCGGUGUUGGGGCGGCAGUGGCUUCUGCUGAGGAGGGAGAUAUGCAGGGGGCAGUAGUCACAGAGGAGCUCAAGGGCCACAUUGUCUUUUGGAUCAAGCAGGGAUACGCACAGGCACGCUCAACCUUGCUUACCCUUCUUUUCCCUUGCCUCGUCCCAUCCCUCUCCCUCUUUCCCUUGCCUCGUCCCAUCCCUCCCCUCUUGCCCUUGCCUCUUCCCAUCCCUCUCCCUCUUUCUCUUGCCUCUUCCCAUCCCUCUCCCUCUUUCCCUUGCCUCUUCCCAUCCCUCCCCUCUUUCCCUUGCCUCUUUCCAUCCCUCCCCUCUUUCCCUUGCCGCUUCCCAUCCCUCUCCCUCUUUCUCUUGCCUCUUCCCAUCCCUCUCCCUCUUUCCCCUGCCUCGUCCCAUCCCUCUCCCUCUUUCCCUUGCCUCGUCCCAUCCCUCUCCCUCUUUCCCUUGCCUCUUCCCAUACCUCCUCUCUUUCCCUUGCCUCUUCCCAUCCCUCCCCUCUUUCCCUUGCCUCUUCCUAUCCCUUUCCCUCUUUCCCUUGCCUCCCUCCACAACCCCCCCAGCACGUGCAUGUUCCCUGUAGAGGUUACCAGCUGUCUCCUAAAACUCGACAAGGUUGCUCAAAUAUUUUUCCCCUUGCCCUCUUCCCACACCUCUCCCUCCCUUCUUUCCCCACACCAGCACGUGCACGUGGUGAUGGAGCUCGGUGAGGGGGGAGACCUGUUUGACUGCAUUGACUCGCAAGAAAGGCUCUCAGAACCUUCCGCAGCGUGCAUUUUCCGAUCGCUCAUGCUGGCCUUGCAGCACUGCCACUCGCACGCCAUCGUGCACCGCGACGUUAAACCCGAGAACAUCCUUCUGUCGGAUCAUGCUAAUAAUGAGGAUACCGGGAAAGCUAAUGGCAAUGACUAUGAACGGCCCCGUCGCCGCCCUUCCGCGGCCCCGACAACGCCCUUCCGCGGCCCCGUCGCCGCCCUUCCGCGGCCCCGACACCGCCCUUCCGCGGCAGCGUCGCCGCCCUUCAGCGGCCCCGUCGCCGCCCUUCAGCGAACCCUUCGCCGACCUUUCAGAGGCCCCGUCGUCGCCCGCCCUUUCAGCGGCCCCGUCGCCCGCCCUUCCGCGGCCCAGUCGCCGCCCUGCAGCGGCCCCGUCGCCCACCCCUUCCGCGGCCCAGUCGCCGCCCUUUCCGCGGCCCGUCGCCGCCCUUUCAGCGGCCCCGUCGCCGCCCUUCCACGGCCCCGUCGCCGCUCAGCCACCCAGCGCCCGAGCCGCCGAGUAGCCCAACCGCCGAGCAACCGAGCAGCCCGGACGCCGAGCCGCCCAGCAGCCGAGCCGCCCGACCACCGAGCCGCCCUGCAGCCGAGCCGCCCGACCGCCGAGCCGCCCUGCAGCCGAGCCGCCGAGCCGCAUCGCAGCCGAGGCGCUGCCGCCCGUCGACCAUCCUGGGACCGCCCCACUUGCCUGGGUCGGGUAGAUGAUCUGCAGCCUUUCCUGCAGUGCGAUAGGGCAGACGGCCUCUCCCUAUUUGACCUCACUUCUGGUGCCUCCCCUGCCCCUGCUGCUGAUGCUAACGCCACUGUUCGCUCACAGUGGGCCACGCGCGAUGCUGCUGCUCGCCUUGCUGUGCGCCGCCACUUACCGACCACUGAGCGUGCACACUUUAGCCAGUACAAGAGUGCUCAGACCUUGGACGACUUCCUCUCAAUCUGCCCCACCACUCUUACCGUUGACCUCCUCGAGAAGGACCUCCUAGCUGCAGAGAAGAGCAUAGUCGCUGUAGGAGCCUCUCGUGGUGACCCUCCCACCCCCGUCUUUGAGGGGUGUUCUCCCUCCCCCCUCUUGCCCUCUGUUACCUCUACUGCUGCGGCCGACCUCGUUGGUUUCGAGUCGGUCGGCGGUGCGUCUGCCCUGAGCGGGAAACGCCGCACCGGCAAGGGCAAGGGAGGCAAGGGCGCCGGAGGGGCUGGAGGGGGCGGUGGAGGUGGUGGUGGAGGCAGUGGAGGGAGUGGGGGUGGUGGUGGGAGUGGUGCCAGGGGUGGCAGCGGCGGCGACAACAGUGGAGGCGGCGGAGGCAGUGGUGGUAGCGGAGGGAGCGGAGGGAGCGGAGGAGGCGGAGGUGGCGGAGGAGGCAGAGGUGGAGGAGGCGGCGGAGACGGCGGCGGCGACGGCGGCGGCGGUGCCCGCGUCAUUGGGUAG